CCAGCAUCUACAAAACAGCAAAUGAAAAAUAGCUAGACCUGCAUUACAGCAAUGGGAAAAUAGUUAUAUCUGCAUUACAGCAGUGAAAAAUAGCUAGAUCUCCAAUAAAGCAGAGAGAAAUUAGCAAAUCAGCAAUGAAGCAGUGAAACCAUUGCUACAUCUGCAACAAGGAUAUUAGUAAAACUGAUGGAUGCUCCCUGGUGAUGCUUUGUCAAUAUAUGGGUGGAAGCUAUUUGAUUUUAGAGCCAAUGUUCAAAACCUUAACAAAAUGUUAAGGUUUUAGCACGACACGAACGGAGGACGUCAGACGGCGGAUGACACGACAAGCUGGCUGUGACAAUACCUCGGGUUUUCUCCGAAAACGCUGAGCUAAAAAUCAAUCUUGGUUAACUAACAAUUGCAGCCAUGAGCACUACAACUUCGAUGUUUGAUCUGAACUCAAGUGGAACUACCCUUGCCUUUAACCUUACCAAUGGAACCACGACUACUGAGGCCCCUUCUAAGAGCCUUGCAGAUUUCUGGAUUGGCCUCAUCCUAGCAGUUAGCUCAAGCUUCUUCAAUGGCUCAAGCUUUAUUUUCCAGAAGGUUGGCUUGAAAAGUAUGCGCAAAAAAGACGGAGCUACCACAGCCAGUGCAGGUGGCCACAGAUAUCUUCUAGAGUGGAAAUGGUGGCUCGGAAUGCUUAUGAUGGCCCUGGGUGAAGGAUGUAACUUUGUGGCCUUCACGUUUGCCCCAGCAACAUUGGUGACCCCUUUAGGGGCUCUCAGUGUUAUCUUUUGUGCGAUCCUGGCGUCCCGGUUCCUGAAGGAGCGUCUCAACCUGCUGGGCAAAGCCGGUUGCCUGCUGUGUGUGCUGGGCUCCACAGUCACAGUGGUGCACUCGCCCAAGACUGCCCAGAUACAACACAUGUCUGAGCUCCUUGACAAGGUCAAACAACCAGCCAUCCUGACUGUGGUGGGGGUGUUCAUACUUGUGGCCAUAGUUGCCAUUGUAGUCCUGGCGCCACGAUGGGGCGAGAAGAAUGUUGCUGUGUACGUGUUCAUCUGCUCGGUACUUGGGGCUCUCACCGUGACAGGGGCCAAAGGGUUCGGAGUGGCCCUUAAUCAGACUUUUAAGGGAGACCAGCAGUUUACAAACUGGCUUACUUAUGUCAUGCUUGGCGUGGUCAUAGUAGACAUUUUGUUUCAGCUGCAUUUCUUGAAUAAGGCAUUGGACUUGUUCAACACUGCAAUCGUUACUCCUACGUACUAUGUCAUGUUCACAACAGCAGUGGCUAUUCUUUCGUUGACUCUUUAUCAGGAAUUCAACUCGCUCAGUGUAUUUGACAUCAUUGGUAAUGUGUGCGGCUUUCUUAUUAUAGUCGUUGGCAUAUUUUUGUUGAACGCCUUCAAAGACAUGGACAUAACGCUGAAGAAUUUACCGAAGGCAAAGAAGCCUAGCACAGAUGUGAAUGUUUUAGACGGCGCAAAAAUGCCAGCAAUUAAGCGUGACAAUGAUCUGUUUCUGGAAUUGAAUGAAAAUGAAAGCGAAGAUGAGGAUGAAGACUUGUUACAGUGUCACGACAGUCCAGUUUUUGUAGUAGAUGAUCCACUUGAUAUGGAUGCCAUUGAUUUCAGGACUCCACAUCGAAAGUUUGCUGGAAAAAAUGGUCAUGUCUCCAAUGGCCAUGUCUCCAAUGGCCAUGUGGACCAUUUGCAUUAUGAUUUAGAGAAAUAUAUGGUUAGUGCAGAAGUUACACAUUUUUAAAUGGUUAUAAUUGUUUAUGUUUUGAUUUUUUAUGUCUGUUGAUGAUAAAAGCAUUCAUGUUAAGAUGAUAAAAAUAGUUUGUAGUAUUAAUCAUGACUGUAGUACAUGUAGCUACUCAAGAUUGGUAUGUAAUUAUAGCUCUAUAAAAAAAGUAUACCGGUAUAGCAAUGUAUUAUGACUGUAAGAUGUUUGAUACAGUACUCUAUGCACUUCUUUCUGUGAUAAAAGCAGUAUAUUUCAUUAAGAGAAUAAGGUUUAUCAGAAGAAUAUGAAGAUGUGAUCUUUUUGAUCAGUAAUACAUACACUGCAAUUUUAUUAGCUCGGCUGUUUUCGGAGAAAACCCGAGGUAUUGUCAUAGCCAGCUUGUCGUCCGCAGUAGGGGUCGUGCUAAAACCUUAAAAUCAAAGUGCUUCCACCUACAACUUUGAAACUUCAUAUGUAGAUGCACCUUGAUGAGUUCUACACGCCACACCCAUUUUUGGGUCACUAGGUCAAAGGUCAAGGUCACUGUGACCUCUAAUAUAAAACUUUAACAUAGGCUCUAAAAUCAAAGUGCUUCCACCUACAAUUUUGAAACUUCAUGUGUAGAUGCACCUUGAUUAGUUCUACAUGCCACACCCAUUUUUGGGUCAUCAGGUCAAAGGUCAAGGUCACUAUGACUUCUAAUAUAAAACUUUAACAUAAACCUCUACAUUCGCUCUAAAAUCAAAGUGCUUCCACCUACAAUUUUGAAACUUCAUAUGUAGAUGCACCUUGAUGAGUUCUACACGCCACACCCAUUUUGGGACACUAGGUCAAAGGUCAAGGUCACUGUGACCUCUAAAAAAAAAUCUGAAAAGCUUUCGCAGUCGAGCGUGGCACCCAUUAUGCGGUGCUCUUGUUGUACUUACAAUAAUAACUAUUACAUGGAGUGGUGUUAGCUUCAGAAGAGUGAUAAUUAUGUAGAUAUUGUCAUGAUUGAUAUGUUAAAAUCUGGUAUACAUCUGUAUUUGUACCAUAAAUAAUUUUUAAAAUAACCGUCCUCCAUUUGGUAAUCAAGAAAAUCACAAGUUUUAAUAGUAAAUAAUUGUUUUUGUUUGUAUAUUAUUUUAUUUAUUAAAAUAUAUUAAAGCCACACACCUUAUCUGGCAUAGUAAAUUUAAGAAUAAAUAAGAAACUUAUUUUAUCUAUGCCAAUUAGAAUAUAUCUGGUGGUUACAAGGUAGUAAUCCGUCUUUUUUACGAUUAACAACUUAAAAAUAAUCGCGUUUGUCGAAAUGGACGUAUACGUCUAGAAAUCCUACUUUUGGUUUUAAAAGCGGUACCCUUUGAAAAAUAAUAAAUUAGUUGCUAAACUAGGCUAUAGAUUUAUUUUUAUCUAAGCCAAUUAUAAUAUAUCUGUUGGUUACAAGGUAGAAAUUCGUGUUUUUGAGCUUUAAAACUUAAAAAUAAUCACGUUUUUUGAGAUUGACGCACACAUGUAUAGGUAUAGAAAUCCUACUUUCGGUUUUAAAAGCUGUUUGAAAAAUAAUAAAUUACUUGCUAACUAGGCGAUAGAUUUAAUGACAAUUUUGCACACUUUCAAAUUGCUUCUAUAUGUAUUGAUUAACGUGUAUUUCAUUUCAAGGUGUGUGGCUAUAAUAUAUUUUCUGAAUAAUACAUUAUAAAUUUAUAGUAUUUACAAUAUAAAGUUGUUAUUUAAUUUCUUAUUCAUGAUGUACAUGUUGUUUCUCAGGGUUGCAAAGUGAUUAAUUUCCAAAGUCUAAACAAUCGUCUGUAUAGACAAAAAUGGUCCUAUCACAUUGAAUUAAUGUGUAGAGAAGUGUAAUGAGACCAUCUUGCUGUAAAUGUGCAUUUUGUGUGGUUUUACACUAAAGUUGACACCAAUCAUGUAUGUGUACACUACAGUUGAAAUGUAAUAAUACUAUCAAUUAACCUUAUAUCAUCUGUGUUAGAAAUAGAAUUCUUUGUUUGGUAUCCUUGUUUUUUGUUACUAGUUCUUUUAAAAUUAUAUUCACAUAUUUUAGUUUGCAUUGUUGUAUUUGUAUUGCAUGAUGAUUGUUAUGUAUUAUAUAGAUGUUAAUUGAACUUUGUAAAACUAUUAAAUAUAAUGAGUUUUUCUUUUGCAAUAUUAUCUUUUAAAAUGCUAUUUAGUUAGAAUCGUCAAUUAUUCUAUACACUUUUUUGUCUGCAGAAUUGGUAAGAUUUAGAUUGAGUUUGAUAUGUUUAAUACACUGUUUUCAUACAUUCAAAUUAUCCAGUGAAAAUAAUGGCAGUAUUUACAGGAAUACUUUUUAUUCAUUAUGAAUAUGUUUUGUUGCGCUAUUUACAAACCCAAUCUUUGCUUAUGGGUUAUUGCCAUUCAAAAAUAGUUAUUUAUGUACAUGUAUUAUAUCACACAUGUUUUAGUUAUUGAAUUUGUUUAUUCAAAAGUUAUCAUUGACUGUAUGAAACACUCAUCUGGUUGAAAACUUAAAAAAAAAUAAUGUUUUCUCAUUUAGCAUUUAAAACAUCUUGUCAUAUCAAUCAAGUUUAAAGGAAUGGGCUAAAUUCCAUUUUGCUAUUUUGUAUCCUGUUAUAAAUCCUUUUUUUGCAAACUGAGUAUUAUUUUCUAUUUAUUAUAUUGUUGUUUCUUUUGUUAUUGAUCUGUUAUUUUUACUUAUUUUUUUAAUGAAUCAUACGUUUCUUACCAGAGUGUUAUUUUAUAUAAAUAAAUAUUGGAAUUUU